GUCACGUGAAUCGGUAGGAAUGGCGUUCGUAGUUAGGUCUAGGUCUAUUUAGGGAAAUACAGUUUUUAACAAUGUCAGAACUACUUUUUAAGGUGAUCAUAAUAGGUGAUGCUACCGUAGGAAAAACAAGCUUUGUCAAACGUUAUGUAAAUAACCAUUCAGGACCAGGACGGGAGUAUAAACCAACUGUAGGAGUUGAUUUUGCUUUGAAAGUCAUCAAAUAUUCAGAUGAUACUACAAUACGACUUCAGUUGUGGGAUAUUGCUGGACAGGAAAGAUUUUCAACAAUGACAAGAGUCUAUUACAAGGGAGCUGCAGCUUGUGUCAUAAUGUUUGAUUUGACCAGUCAACAGACAUUUAAUAGUACAAUAAAAUGGAAGAGAGACCUGGAUAGCAAAUGUACACUUCCUAAUGGAAAGACAAUCCCAUGUAUAUUAGUAGGAAAUAAGAGUGAUUUAUCAAGCACAAGACCCAUUGAGAAAGAAGCGAUUGACAAGUUAUGUAAAGAAAAUGGCUUCUUGGGUUGGACAGAGAUGUCAGUCAAAGAAGAUGUCAAUGUAUCAGAGACAAUGGAUUACUUAUUAGCAGAACUGUUAGACAGCUAUAAAAACAAUGAAGAAAAAGUUGCUCAGAACAACACCAGUACUGAUCAAGGAGGAUUUAUUGAACUCACAAGUCACAGGAUCACUAAAGAAAAUGCCAGCAGAUCAGGAUGUUGUUAAGUUAGCUCAUAAAAAAUAGAAUAACUGAUCAAGAUCUCUAUGUUUGAUUUUUCAACUGGUUAGAGCCUCCUUGUAUCAUGUGGGAGAAUUUCAUAGUGAUAUAUCAAGGGUAGCCUGACUGUAUAUCAAGCAUAUUUUUUUAAAGUGAAUGAUUAUGUUUUGAGGAAGUGCUGAAGCCACCAUGUCAGAAUUUUAAAGUUAAGAAAUCAUGGAGUGGGUGAAAAAAGUCUACUUGCUAGUGGGGGGUGGGGAGGGUGUACCAGUGAAGGGUAAAGGGGUCCAAACCCUUUCACUCCCACACUGGUUUUUUUUUUCACCAGGCCUCCCUCCUUCUGCCCUUUCAUCAUGGGGUCAUGGGAGGGGGUUGAGGAGUGUACUACUGAAGGGUAAUGGGGUCCAAACCCUUCCACUCACACACUGUUUUUUUUCACCAGGCCUCCCCUCUUCUGCCCUUUUAUGGGGUGGUAGGGUAUAAUGCAUAUGUGUGAUUAUCAUAUAACCAUCUAAAUUAUAUUUUUGUUACAGGAAAAAAGGUAUAGAGGGUGGGAAAUCAUUAAUUUAGUUUCAGGGAAGAGGGUUUUAUAGAAAAUAAAAUUAAUGAUAAUGUAUAUAAUACAGUUUAUAUCAGUGUUUCAGGAAAAGUAGGCAAUAUGCAUUUGUGCAUGUUUACGCAGAGCUUACAUUAAUAAUGUUUGCAAUGAUCUUGAUUUGCUAACCAUGUACAGUCGAUCAUACCAACCAUUAAGGAAAUUUUGAGUCGUCACCAGUGCUUUCAAGCAGGCUGUAUUCAAUCUUUCAUUCCAGGCAUAAAAUCAUUUUCCCCUAAAAUUUGUCAAUAGUUUUUAAGAAGUAUCAUUGUUUUGCAUGAUAGUGGUUUUCACUCAGCUUUGUUUUUUGAGUGCUCAUUAAAUACUAUAGCAUGUAAAAUCUACACAGUCUGCUUGCUGAAUACAAUUACAUCACAAGGUUGAUUUUUUUUUAAUUUAAAUGUCUUCUAUUUUAUAAAAAAAUGAUUAAACAUACAAAGUAAAAAAUGAAGAUAUUUAUAUUAUGGAAGAAGAAUUGAACAAAGAAAGUUUAUGCAGCUGAUCAGUCAAUUCAAUGAAGUGAUUUGCAGUUGUUAUAAAAUAAUAAGGAAUUGCCUAAAAAUUUAUUUAAAAAAUUAUAACUUAGGCACUUGCAUACAGAGAUUUUCCACGUACAAUUAAGAUAUUAUUAAACGUUGUUAUACAGUUUUGUCUGGGGUCUUAGAUUCUUUAUACAUUCCUAGUUUAAUAUGACCUGGAUUACAAUGCAUGUAAUGUUAUAUUUUUCUUUAUUCUCAUCACUUAUCUGAUUGAUAUUGUAUUGAUAUUGUUAGGAGAAAUUCUGCCUUGGUCACUCAUGGGAGUCAGAGGGUUAAGGUGCUGAUGAGAAGAAUUUGUUUAUCAAUCAAGCUCCUCAAGUUGAUCAUUUCCUUUAUUCUCAUGACAUUGAUGUUUGAUUUAGGGGUGAUAUUGUAAGGAGAGAUUAGAUCCAAGUCACUUCUAGAGGAAUGCGAGAGCAUCAAUACCUGUUCAUCCAUCUGUUUUGUGUGACCAAUUUUUCAUUUAAGUCAAGUUGUUGGUAAAUAAGAUAUUUGAACAGAGAUCAUUGGCAGAAAUUAUUUGAGGGCUAAAAUUUAACUUGAAUAGUUCCAAGAUUGUUUUUCUUUAAUUUUGUGCAUGAUCAUUUCUGUAGAACAUUGCAGCUAAAAUACU